AUGUCUGUGAGGCGCUCAAAAAGACUACAGGACAAGGCAGGAUCUCCUGGUGAGACCGAUGCGUUGCUUCCACAAGCCAAGCCCAAGAAAGUUGCACCAAAGAAACAGACCACGUCUGGUGCUCCUGAAGAAGAGCCCGAAGCUUACGAGUUCGGUGGGCCUUUUGGUGUGACUGCAAUCAUGCUAUCAUUUCCAAUACUGAUGUACUACCUUUAUAUCAGUCAAAAGUUUUACGGUGGCAGCUUUGCUAGACCAGCUGACGGUGAAACUUGGAGCCAUUUCCUGAUCAACUACCUGGAGUUGCUAAAACAGAACGUUGUUCCUGGAAUUCAGGCCUGGACGAUUUUCGUGUCAUAUUUCACAAUCCAGGCGAUUUUUUACGUGGUUUUGCCCGGAAUAUGGACAAAGGGCCAACCCCUCACGCACUUGGACAAUCGUCAGUUGCCAUACUACUGCAAUGCAGCCUUCACCAUCUAUGUAAACAUCUUCAUGGUCUUGUCCUUGCAUUUUACUGGAAUUUUCAAGCUCUAUACCAUUUUGGAAAUUUUCGGGGAGCUGAUGACCGUUGCUAUCAUCACUGGAUUUUCCAUGGCCAUUGGAUUGUAUGUCUACACUCUCAAGGUCUCCAAGGACUAUCACCGCAUGUCCGGUAACCAUGUUUAUGACAUGUUCAUGGGAGCUCCUUUGAACCCCAGAGUUGGUAUUAUUGACCUUAAGAUGUUCUUCGAAGUGAGAUUGCCUUGGUAUACUCUUCUGUUUUUGACAAUGGCGCUGUGUCUGAAGCAGUACGACGAGUAUGGGUUUGUCUCUACCCAAGCUUCUUUCCUGAUGCUUGCCCAUUGGCUUUAUGCCAAUGCGUGCUCGAAGGGUGAGGAGCUUAUUGUUCCCACAUGGGACAUGGCCUACGAGAAGUUUGGUUUCAUGCUGAUAUUCUGGAACAUAGCUGGUGUUCCAUACACCUACUGUCAAGGCACUCUGUUCCUGUUCUACAACAAACCCGAGAGUUACAACUGGUCCACUAGCUACAAUGUCACUUUGUUCGUUGUCUUGUUGACUGCAUACUAUUUCUUUGACACUACAAAUGCUCAGAAGAACUCUUUUAGAAAAUUUAUGAACGGAGACACACAUAUCAGAAAGACGUUCCCAUUUUUGCCUUAUCAGGUGCUCAAAAACCCAUCCUACUUGAAAUGUGCCAAUGGCUCUGUUCUGUUGACGGAUGGUUGGUACAAAUAUGCAAGAAAGCUCCAUUACACGGUUGAUCUUAUCCAGUCUUUGACUUGGUCGCUUAUCUGUGGUGGUGCACCCAUCUGCUAUUUCUACCCAGCCUUCUACACCGUGGUUCUAGCACACAGAACGACUAGGGAUAUUGCCAAAUGCAAGAAAAAGUAUGGAGCAGAUUGGGACACGUACGUCGAGAAAUGUCCGUAUCUGUUCAUUCCCUAUGUCUUUUAG